AUGCUUCCUGCCACCUCCGAGAGGCAGCAGAAAGCUACUGUCCGUCCGUCCCGCACGUCCCGCACCGAACACUUGCUGGAGAUGAGCCGCGCCGCGCUGCAGGUUUCCCUCCUGCUCUUGGCUGCCCUGGGUAGCGCCGGCGCCGCCAACGACCAGGAGCACGGCGGCGAGGAGACCCCGCACUCCCCGGAGAAAGGUCCUGGCCACAGUCACUGGAGCUAUGAAGAGCUGCAGCACUGGGGCAUGGACUACCCGUUCUGUGCGGACACCAUGCAGUCACCCAUCAACAUUGACACAGCAAAGACCAUCUUCAGCCCCCAGCUGCGGCCGAUCCAGCUCUCUGGAUACAGCCUGCCUGCCAACGAGAGGCUCAAGCUGAGGAACAACGGGCACACAGUUGUCCUGCAGCUGCCUGAGUCACUGGCCCUCACUGGCGGCUAUGCCCAGCAGUACCGAGCUGUGCAACUGCACCUGCACUGGGGCUCCCCGUCGGGACCCGGCUCAGAGCACACUGUCAAUGGGCACCGCUUCGCUGCGGAGAUCCACGUGGUCCACUACAACACCAAGUAUAGCAACUUUAAGGAGGCAAUGGUCCACCCAGAUGGCUUGGCAGUACUGGGAGCCUUCCUGGAGGUUGGGCCAAGGGAGAACCCAUACUAUCAGGAAAUACUUGAGCAUCUGUACAAAAUCGAAGGAGAAGACAAGGAAGUCUUGGUGCCCGGAUUCAAUAUUGCAGGUCUGCUGCCUGCCAACCUGAAGCACUAUUUCCACUACAAUGGCUCUCUGACCACCCCUCCCUGCUACCAAACAGUGAAAUGGACAGUCUUCAACCAGACCAUGCUGCUGUCUCCUGAACAGAUGUCAAUGCUGGAGAACAGCCUGAGAAACGACAACGGCAAUCCUCUGCAGAACAAUUACCGUCCGGCGCAGGACCUGCACGGGCGACGCGUGCUGGCGAGUUUCCAGACCACCCUCAUGUCAACAAAGCAGCUGCCUCCUGGUAGUGAGAGUGCAGUAGCAGGAGAAGGACACUCCACAUCUUCGUUCCAUGCAGGGGACGUGCUGGCCGUGCUCUUUGGGGUGCUCUUUGCCAUCACAGCACUGGCCUUCCUGCUGUACAUCUACAAGCAUCGCAGCCAGAACACACGGCUGGACUCACCAACCAAAUCGAAGGUCAUCUACACCGCGGCCUCCACCGAGAACACAGCGUGA